AUCAUCAAAUACCCAAACUGCCCUUCUUCACAAAAUCGUCAUCGUCUCGUCUUCUCUCGACUCGUCUCCUUCGCAGUUACAGAGGCCAUGGAAACUCUAGCCUCCUCCGCCACGAUCGUCUCGUCUUCGUCUUCUUCCCUCCCGAUCUUCUCCCCCAACACCAAAGAUUCAUCGUCCCCGAGAAGGUUCCUUCGGUUCUCCACCUCUUCCAAGAAGCAUGACAAUAACAAAUCUGAUCUCCAAUCCGAUGCCAACGAAUCAAGCAUCGUCCCAAUUCUAUCCAAGGAUGCAGCGAUGGGAUUGGUGCUAAGUGCGGCGUCUGUCAGAGGUUGGACUACCGAUUCCGGCAUGGAAGGUCCACCAGUCCCCGCCGGAGCCGAUGAAAAAUCGGGUAUGGAGAAGGUCUCGACUUUCCCCUGGUCCCUCUUCACCAGAUCGCCCCGCCGGAGGAUGCUCGUCGCCUUCACUUGCAACGUAUGUGGCCAAAGGACCACUCGCGCCAUCAAUCCCCACGCCUAUACCGACGGCACCGUCUUCGUUCAGUGUUGUGGAUGCAAUGUGUUCCAUAAGCUGGUGGACAAUCUAAACCUGUUUCACGAGAUGAAGUGCUAUGUGAACCCUAGCUUCAAGUAUCCCGGCUCCGACAAUGAAGUUUCCUUCAAGUAUCUUGACAUGGAUGAUGAUGAUACCAGCGACAACAAUGAUAUAUUUCCGAUCUUAUGAGGUGAAUUGACAGCAAACAGUGUGUGUACAUUCUAGUUCCAGUUGUAAAUAGACUAGCUACUGUUGUCUUAUAUUGGGUGAUUGAUUAAUAAUAAUUACAAUCUCAGAAUGUCCUUAUGUGAACAACUUGUAUUCUGGCUAGCAAGUUAAUGGUUAUUAAUAGUGGGAAACAGGGGGAGGAUGCAUGCUCACUUACUCGGGUUGUCUUGCGGGUUGUCUUGUAGAGUGUUUCUGAUUUACUGUCUGAUGCACAACUCAUGUAUCUGCCUUCUCUUAUUCUGGCAAGUGAUCUUUAAAGCUAUUAUUCCUGGGGAAACUUGGCUGAUGCGGAUUUGUUUGAUUCAAUAACAUGUUGUGAAGUAGAAAAUAAAAACUGUGCACCAUCUAAACAAUGGAUUAUUUUUACGUGGUUUUA